AUGACCACUCCACGCAAAGUGUGUUUCGUGACCAUCGGAGCUACCGCUCCAUUCGAUGCUUUACUAUCGAAUGUCUUGGACCAACCCUUCCUUGAGGCGCUCAAAACACAUGGAUAUACCGCGCUUUUGAUUCAGUACGGAAAAGAGGGUCAGGCGAUUUUUGAUUCUUUUACCAAAAUCAAACCCCCAGGAAGCCCUGGACGAUGUGAUUUGGAUAUCAAGGGAUUUGGCUUCAAAAGUGAAGGACUCGUCCAGGAGAUGCGCUCCACCAAGGCAAAUCCGUCUCAAAAUGUUGUUGAGGGGAUGAUUCUCAGUCAUGCUGGAUCCGGCUCUAUCAUGGAAGCUCUACGUAUCGGUGUGCCUCUUGUAGUAGUGCCAAACCCUGCACUCCAAGACAACCACCAAGAAGAACUCGCUCGUCAGAUUGCGAAGAAUGGUUGGGCCAUUGCCGGUAAAUUAGACCGACUCGCGGAAUCUGUGCAGAGAGCAGAAACACUUCGCAGUGCUUUACGAAGCUGGCCGCCCAAGAAUAGUGGCGCACUCAAGGACAGUAGAGGCCUGGCUGGUGUAGUGGAGGACGAGUUGGGUUUUCUCGAUUGA